ACCAAUCCAAAAAAAAUAUACUCGUAGAUGUGAUCGAAUAGACAGCGGUUACUCCGGUUAGUGAGUUGUGAUGGAAUCCAGUGGAGUGUAAGAAAUAGCAGUCGCAGGCCAGGGGUUGAUUAAUGACCCACCGCAAUAAUGAUGAGAACUAUUGAGAAGGCGAGUCUUAACCACAUAAAUAAACAUUCAAACUAUUUCUUUCCAGCAACACGCAUUAUGUAAUCUUUUCGCCAUGGAUUCCAACAUCUCUCCGAGAUCGAGUUCAUUAACCCUAACCGAGAAGCUUUGCGCUGCUUGCGUUCCGCUGAUAUCAGUUAUUGAGUUCAUCAUCUUCUCUAUGCCUGCUUGUUGUGAUCUUAAAAAUUUCAGUCGUUACAAGAAGAAUAGAUUAGGUUACAAUAAGCUAGCUCGACUUGCCAAUGAAUCUCGAUUUAGUGUGAAUGAAAUCGAGGCGUUGUAUGAGCUGUAUAUGAAGUUGAGUUGUUCAAUUAUUAAUGACGGAUUGAUUCACAAGGAAGAACUUCAGCUGGCAUUGUUCAGAACUCCUUUCGGUGAGAAUCUCUUUCUGGAUCGGGUUUUUGAUCUUUUUGACGAAAAGAAAAAUGGUGUAAUUGAGUUCGAAGAAUUUGUACACGCGCUCAACAUCUUCCAUCCCUAUGCCCCCUUGGGAGAUAAAAUAGACUUUGCUUUCAGGCUAUAUGAUCUGAGAAAUACCGGUUUCAUCGAGCGAGAGGAAGUAAAGCAAAUGGUGGUUGCGAUCUUAAAAGAAUCUGAGACUCAGCUGUCAGAUGAACUUCUUGAGGCUAUACUUGACAAGACUUUUGCUGAUGCUGAUACAGAUGGGGAUGGCAAAAUCUCUAAAGAUGAUUGGAAAGCUUUUGUGCUUCGAUACCCCACACUUUUGAAGAAUAUGACUCUUCCUUAUUUGAGGGAUAUUACAACAGUAUUUCCAAGUUUCAUAUUCAACACUGAAGUCGAAGACGCAGAAUCGAAGGCCCUCUGAAUUAUAAAAGUAUAUUUGUUGAAAUAUUAUAAUUCUUGCAAGUUAUUUUAUCCCUUUUUUAUUUCUGGUCCAGUGUUUGUUCCCGAAGGCCGUAGUGCUAAAAUGCCCUUAUAGAAUUAGAUUUGACUACGAGGCUUCUUUGCCCGCAGCUACCAAUUCUUCUUUUGCUUUUGGUAAAUCAAAGCUUGUCGGGAGUAGAGGCAUCCAAGAGUGCUUAAAAAUAUUUAAUCGAAUGACUUCAUCUAUUGUAUUUUCAUGGAAAGCGAAUAGGGGGCAAUAAAAAAUUUGGAUGCUCAAGUAGAAUUUGGAGACUUGCUUAGUUCAAACAACAAUAGCUGCUAAAACACCGCGGUGUUGCAGUCAUAUUUUUCGAGUUAAGAAAUUGAGGUGGUGUUGAGACUCAUCAUCGCGAGGUCUGUUGCUAUUCUUCGUUUUCAGAAUCUACAUUGGUGUUCAGUGUAGCAGAAAGCCUACCCUAGUAAAAGAGAGAGAGCUCCCCCUGCCGGUUGUUGGAACGACACGAGCCGGGCUUCUGUUUGUGUCUUAUCCCUGAUGGACAAAUAAGAACAUCCACGCCAACUGGACGUGAAAGUAGUUUUCCAUCAGUGAUAAUUGUGUUUUGAUUGAGUUGAUGAUAGUUGACGACAAUGGUCAACCUGUCAUGACAGUAGAAUGUAUUUUCUACAAAGCUUUUCUUUUGGAAAAACAAGGAUUGGGACCACCAUAUCACCAGAGGUGUUCACUUGAUCUUCAAUCAUUUAAAUUCAAGCGAGUAUGCAAUGUAGCGCUUUUCUGUUGCUGACCAAUUCGUUGAUGUUUUGAUUCUAAUUUUAUUUCUGGAAAUUUGCAAAAGUACUCUUGUUUUCAAACUUAUUUCCUGAAAUAUGAUCAGAGUUGCAUAUGAGGUUGCAUCGCAGCUGAAAGCAGUUGCUUUUCAUGUUGUAUAACGAAAGUAGUUUGUGUGCAGUGUUUUAGGAAGUGCAAAUUGUUUAAAUGUAUAUUCAUCCAUUCUUUGUAGCAGCCGAAGUGUAUGUUUCGGGGUCCUGUGCAGUUCUCAUGGAAAUUAUACCAAACCAA